AUGGACGGGUGGUCGGACAUCUCAUCGGCGCCUCCCGAAUACAAGGAUGUUGCAUGGAUAGCAGACCGGGCUCUGUUGGCCCAAGGAUUGGGAUGGUCAAUCAACUACCUGGCCAUGAUAUACCAAUCGCGCAAAGACCGAACCUAUGGCAUGGCCAUCCUACCACUAUGUUGCAAUUUUGCGUGGGAAUUCGUCUACACCGUCGUCUACCCUUCUCAGAACCCCGUCGAGAGAGCCGUCCUCACAACAUGGAUGGUCCUGAACCUCUAUCUCAUGUACACUGCCAUCAAGUUCGCUCCCAAUGAAUGGCAGCAUGCCCCGCUCGUCCGGCAGAGUCUUCCGGUGAUCUUCCCUGUGGCGAUCGUGGCCUUUACAGCGGGCCAUCUAGCAUUGGCUGCGACGGUGGGAGUUGCAAAGGCGGCCAACUGGGGCGCCUUUCUGUGCUUUGAGCUAUUGACUGCCGGUGCAGUGUGCCAGCUCAUGAGUCGGGGGUCAAGUAGGGGUGCAUCGUAUACAAUCUGGGAUCCCAGCUGA